UGAGCAACCACCAUCACCAUCCAAACACCUUUCCGUCAACAUAAACCGAGCUUUCGAUACCCGACAGACGACGCCCAAGACCGACGAAUUGUCAAGAAAGAAGAAACAUUAACAAUAUACAACUCACGAAAAUAGGAUCGGAAUAAAGUUAUUCACAAUGUCUGCCGAAGACGAGCGCCAGGCUGCCCUUAACUCCUACCGCACGAAACUCAUGGAGUCGCGAGAAUGGGAGGCAAAGCUCAAGAAUCUACGUUUAGAAAUCAAGGACAUGCAGCGAGAGUUUGACAAGACCGAGGACAACAUCAAGGCGCUACAGAGUGUGGGACAGAUCAUCGGCGAGGUACUGAAACAGCUUGAUGACGAACGAUUUAUCGUCAAGGCCUCAUCGGGACCACGAUAUGUUGUCGGAUGCAGAUCAAAGGUCGACAAGGUCAAGCUCAAGCAAGGUACCCGCGUUGCUCUCGACAUGACGACACUCACCAUCAUGCGAAUGCUUCCCCGCGAAGUCGACCCCUUGGUGUACAACAUGUCCCUGGAGGACCCAGGACAAGUCAGCUUUGCUGGUAUCGGUGGAUUGAACGAUCAGAUUCGAGAGCUUAGAGAAGUCAUUGAGCUUCCCCUCAAGAACCCCGAACUGUUCCUCCGAGUAGGCAUCAAACCUCCCAAGGGUGUCCUGUUGUAUGGUCCUCCCGGAACUGGAAAAACUCUACUGGCACGAGCAGUUGCUAGCAGUCUAGAGACCAACUUCUUGAAGGUUGUUUCUUCCGCUAUUGUUGAUAAAUAUAUUGGAGAAUCUGCAAGACUGAUCCGUGAGAUGUUUGGCUAUGCCAAGGAGCAUGAGCCUUGCAUCAUUUUCAUGGACGAAAUUGAUGCCAUUGGCGGUCGUCGUUUCUCCGAGGGCACCAGUGCUGAUCGUGAAAUUCAACGAACACUCAUGGAGUUGCUCAACCAGCUGGAUGGUUUCGACUAUCUGGGCAAAACCAAGAUCAUCAUGGCAACCAACCGACCUGACACAUUGGACCCUGCGCUUCUUCGUGCUGGUCGACUGGACCGAAAGAUUGAGAUUCCUCUGCCUAACGAGGUCGGACGUCUCGAGAUUCUCAAGAUUCACUCACAAAGCGUGGUAGUCGAUGGAGACCUUGAUUUCGAAAGUGUGGUGAAGAUGAGUGACGGGCUCAACGGUGCUGAUUUGCGAAAUGUGGUUACUGAAGCCGGUCUAUUUGCUAUCAAGGAUUACCGAGACUCGAUCAAUCAGGACGAUUUCAACAAGGCUGUUCGCAAGGUCGCAGAAUCCAAGAAGUUGGAGGGCAAGCUUGAGUACCAGAAGCUGUAAGCGGCGGAAGGGUGUGUCAUGCCAGACCAAGAUGGAUAGAUAUAACAGCGGAAAGGUGCAUGGAAACCCAAGGACGAUGGAAGUUGAUGGGUCCAGCGUUGCUAGGUAAUCCGUGUAAGACUGUACAAUAGAGUCAGGGCAAACAGCGAUAGAUUAGCUCAGCCCUAGAAGCAGGAAUGUACAUGGCGUCCAGGAAAAGCAGGAAAGUUUCUUGCGACUAUCACAAUACAUGUUUGACGAACGUGAGAUUCAUAUGCCAAUGC